ACUUGUAACCGCGACUACUAAGUAUGCCUGUCGCAUUUCGCGACUCGUCCGUUAUAAUCAUCGAAAAUGGCAGGACUCUUAUCAGAGCUGGCAUAGGUCUGCAUGAUUUACUGAAAACACCGUCUGUGACAAUCCCAGCUCGGGUUGGUUUCCGAAAAAGCACGUCUCAAGGCUCAGGGGAUAACACGAAUGCAGAUUCGAAUGGGAGGUCGUCCUCUACGCCGCUAGACAUUAACGGAAUUGGUCGCUCGUCGGCCUCGACAAGUCGCGCAUCUUCUCUUCCUUACCAAACCAAUCCUUCUGCCAAAGUAACCGACUAUCUCGUAGGAGCGCAGCUCGACGAGGCUCUCGAAGCAGGCCAGGACAUCGCCAUAUCGUGGCCUUUCGCAGAUGGCGAUGUUCGUGACUGGAUACAGGCAGAGGCUAUCUGGAAAUACGUCAUCUUCAACAUUCUACAACUUCGACGUGCCCAGAACGAGUCACCCGUCUUAUUAUCCAUAACUCCUGCUUUUUCAAGACAUGGCUAUGAAAGGAUAUGUCAGACUUUCUUUGAGCGCUUCAAUGUCGCCGGCUUUAGCCUUGUUGAGCGCCCUAUGGCCCAAAUCUAUGCUGCAAAUUCAUUGAGUGGGGUUGUUGUAGAUAUUGGCUAUGAGACAACAGAUAUUACGCCAAUCCACAACGGUUUCCCCAUCCGUGCAGCUCAGACAACGACAUCCCUCGGCAUUCGGGAUUGCCAGAAAUACCUAGCCCAUCUCCUUCGCUCCAAUCAGUCCAUCCUGUCAGUAAUUUCGCCACCCGACAACCCCAGCAGUCCAGAAGUUGUUGAAAAGUACCUCGCCGACUUGGUGAAACAUGUUUGGGAAGAAGGACUCGUCAAGGUCCCUUCUCAUGGCCAAACGGUGGAUAUCCCUGACGAUGAAGGUGUAACAGAUAUCGCUGCAGUUCUUGUCGCUGGGAAAGAAAAGGCCGUGAUAGAGACUGGGCUGAAGAAAAAAGCGACGGCAAAGGCUUCAGCUGCAGAGCAAGCUCGCGCGAAAGAAAUUGAAGCUAUGGACUUGGUGACCACUUCGUUCCGUGAUCAAACGCUCACACUUGGGAAAGAACGACAUCGGUUUUGCGAGCCCUUGUUCGACCCGACUUUACUCAGGACGCUUCCAGGGUUUGAUCUUGAAUGUGACUUUGACACUAUUAUGCCCCUGCAAGACGCUGUCGGACACGCUGUCGGGCAAACCGAAGUGGAUCAACGCCAGGAUAUAUGGCAGGGACUUUUUGUCACGGGUGAUCUGACGAACCACGUCAAAGGAAUUGGUACUGCGUUACAGUCACGACUGGCUCCGUUCAUUCUCACCAACCCUGAUCAACUAAACGAAGUACAGGCCCGUGUGAUUCGAGUGUUGAAUGUACCAGAAUACUUUGCCGAAUAUCGGGAGAAGGGCGAUGGGCUAGCUGCCUUCCUAGGUACUAGUAUCGUAGCAAAGGUUGCUUUCAAUGACUCACAGGGUAAAAAUUUUGUAACCAAGUCUGACUAUACGGAGAAAGGUCCAAAGGCAAUCAUAGAGAUGUCGCCCACAUUGUUGUAACAAUCACCGGUAGAUAGUAUAUUCCAUAUUCCAACUCU